AGCUGCUGAGAAGUUUCGUUUGCUUAACAGGGGGCUUAUGUGGCUUCGAGACUUUUCGAAAGACUCGUUUUAAUGUCUUGAGGCGUCAUUGUAAGAUUGGCUGAAGCGGCGCAUCACACACUACCUCUUGGGUGCGUUGUGCGGUUCAGUUUCAAGAGGCUACUUACUAGUGAACAGCAAGGGCGACGCCUCCGGUUGUUGGACGAACAGCGCGACAGCGGCCAGCAACAGUAGAGACGACACGGGGGACAUGUUGUGUGUUCGGCGCUACGGCGGCGAGUGUCGAUCAGUGCUGCAGUCACACGGCGGCAACGGUCAAGAGAAACGCGACGCGACGCGACCAGAUGGCCUGCAUGAGGCCAUCGCUUUGAAGCGCACCGGUGCGCAGCCGAGGCAGCAGGAGUUUGGCAAGAGUCAAAGAUCGGCGGCAAGUGUAGCGUGUUUGCUUCUUUGCGCUUCUUGCGGUCAGACGGCGCCGAUAUCGAGCACAAAUAACAGUCUGGCCAAGUGCACGAGGCGCACGGACGCGGCCACUCGUCGGCUAAUAACGACCAUUUGCGACAUCGGUCUUGGCAGAACUCCUCCUCGGUCGACCGACAGUGAACGACGUACGCCGAAAUGA